CGAAUUCGUUAAGAACGAAGGCGGAACUGUUCUUCUAGUUAAAGAAAACAGAGUCAAGUAUUGAGUGGUUGAACAGAAACAUCAUCAUCAAUGCUGGCGGACUCAGGCGGCCGGAGUCGGGGCAGGAAGCGGUCAGCAGCAGCAGUGGGGGGGCUGGACUCUGGUGGACGGGGCCGCAGCAGCACACCUGCAGCACAGAAAAGAAAAGUGCCAGAGACUGGAGAAGACGAUGAUCAGUCAGAGAAGAAGUUCAGGAAGUGUGAGAAAUCUGGAUGUCCAGCAACGUACCCCGUGUGUUUCGCCAGCGCAUCUGAGAGGUGUGCUAGAAACGGCUACACGUCGCGCUGGUAUCAUCUGUCGUGCGGCGAGCACUUCUGUAACGAGUGCUUCGAUCAUUACUACAGGAGUCACAAAGACGGAUACGAGACCUUCUCCUGCUGGAAGAGGGUCUGGACCAGCAAUGGGAAGAGCGAGCCCAGCCUCAAAGCCUUCAUGGCUGACCAGCAGCUGCCCUACUGGGUUCAGUGCACUAAUGCUGACUGUGGUAAGUGGCGUCAGCUGAGUAAAGAGACGCAUCUGUCGGCGGCGCUGGCCUCGUCGUACCGCUGCGGGAUGAAGCUCAGCAGCGUGACGGUGGAAGGAAGUGAUGCGUGCGCUCAGCCGGAGGACGUGGAGGUUCUGACGCUGCAGAAGUGCGCUCCUCACGUGGUCGUGCGUGGCCUGGUGCGCGUCCGCUGCGUGCAGGAGCUGGACAGGGUUCUGUACUUCAUGAGCCGGAAGGGUCUGAUCAACACCGGAGCGCUGCAGAUCAAGUGGCCGCUGCUGCCCGAGUCACAGCACAACAAGGUGCUGGUCAUCGGCGCAGGGGCUGCGGGGCUCGCUGCUGCUAGACAGCUCCAGAACUUCGGCAUGCAGGUACAACACACACAAACCACUGAUGAAAAACACCUGAAGGGCGUGACAGUGGGCCGCGGAGCUCAGAUCGUCAACGGCUGCGUGAACAACCCCAUCGCCCUGAUGUGUGAGCAGUUGGGUCUGAGGAUGCACACUCUGGGCGUCCGCUGCGAGCUCAUUCAGGAGGGUGGACGCGUCACAGAUCCAGCUCUGGACAAACGCAUGGACUUCCACUUUAACGCUGUGCUGGACGCCGUAUCUGAGUGGAGGAAAGACAAGUCCCAGUCCCAGGAUGCACCACUGGGCGAGAAGAUCCAGGAAGUGUACAAGACGUUCCUGCAGGAGUCUGGACUUCAGUUCACCGACCUGGAGGAGAAAGUUCUGCACUUCCAUCUCAGUAACCUGGAAUACGCCUGCGGAAGCACACUGGACCAGGUGUCUGCACGCUCGUGGGAUCAUAACGAGUGUUUCGCUCAGUUCUCUGGACAUCACACGCUGCUCGCUGACGGAUACUCAUCUGUCCUGCACAAACUCGCUCAGGGACUCGACAUCCGGCUCAAUACUGCGGUGCAGCACGUGGAUUACUCUGGAGAGGGAGUGACGGUGAUGUCCAGCUGCGGCUCUCGCUGGAGCGCACAGAAGGUUCUGGUGACGGUGCCGCUGGCUCUGCUGCAGAAGAACGUCAUCGGGUUCAGUCCUCCUCUGCCUGACAGGAAGCUCAAGGCCAUCCACAGUCUGGGAGUCGGAGUCAUUGAGAAGGUGGCGCUCCAGUUCCCCACACGCUUCUGGGACAGUAAAAUCCAGGGAGCGGAUUAUUUCGGCCACAUCCCGCCCUGUCCGGAGAAGAGAGGCCUGUUCAGUGUGUUCUAUGACAUGAGUCCGCAGGGCGAGGAGUGUGUGCUGAUGACGGUGGUCACCGGAGAGGCUCUGUCUCUGCUCAGAGAUCUUCAGGACUCUCAGGUGGUGGAUCUGUGCAUGAGUGUCCUCAGAGAGCUCUUCCAGGAGCAGGAGGUUCCGGAUCCGCUGCGGUUCCUGGUGACUCACUGGAGCACAGACUCGUGGGCUCAGAUGUCCUACAGCUUCGUGAAGACGGGCGGCAGCGGAGAGGCCUACGACAUCAUCGCAGAAGACGUGCAGCGCAAGCUGUUCUUCGCCGGAGAGGCCACGAACAGACACUUUCCUCAGACGGUGACCGGAGCGUAUCUGAGUGGAGUGCGUGAGGCCAGCAAGAUCGCAGUGCUUUAGCCGUAUCUCACACUGACCAGAACCAGCUCACCACAGGACAGUGUGAUCACCACUACAGGUGACCGAACACACACACGCUCACUGAAAGCAGUGCUGUCACACACAGACACACACACACACACACACACACACACGCUCACUGAAAGCAGUGCUGUCGCACAC